GUGUGUGUGCACAAAACCCAAAGCUGUAAAGGAACACAUACUGUUUUCCCUCUCAACUUUUCUCUACCUUUCAAAUUUCAAAAAAAGCUCUCAAAUUUCAUCUUCUCUUUCUCUUCUACCUGCAUUUUCAGCUCAGAUCAAGGAGGUCUUUUGAGUAUUGUAGUCAAUGGCAAAUGACAAAACCAACAGUUACGAAGAGGUCCGUAGGCAAAGGGUUCUGGACAAUAAGAAACGAUUUGAGGAUCUGGGGAUUUUGAAUAUAUCUAAAAACCUUUCUGAUAUUACAAAGUCCGAGAAGAAGUCCGACUAUAAAACUGAGCUACGCCGAGUUAGACAAAAAGCAAAUGAUGUUUACAUGUCGGAGCCAAGAAGGUCUGCACGGGCAAGGAAUCCUGUUCCAACAUACCGUGAUGAAAUUGAUCUAGAGCUUCCAUCUUUACGGAAGAGAUCAAAAUUCAACUCUUCAUGGGCAAGUUAUCUAGCAAGACCAUUGGAAGAAGUGAAAGUUGCUUCAUAUGAAGAGAAAGUACAAGCUUUAAAGUGUGCAGAAAAGCUCCAGAGUAAUCUGCAGUCGGAUAAUCCAUUUUUUAUCAAGACUAUGGUUCGAUCCCAUGUCUACAGUUGUUUCUGGUUGGGACUUCCUACUAGAUUUUGUCAAGACCAUCUUCCCAAAUCUACUGUAGAUGUUCUGCUAGUGGAUGAAGAAGGUUUAGAGUAUGAAGCUCUCUUUAUCGGCAAAAGAACUGGACUAAGUGGAGGAUGGAGAGCAUUUGCACUUGAUCAUAAGCUGGAUGAUGGGGAUGCUCUAGUAUUUGAAUUGGUCGAGCCCACAAAAUUCAAGGUCUACAUUGUUCGAGCAUCCCAAUGUUCAAGUGAAGUGGAUAAAUCUAGUGCAGAAAAAGGAGAGAGUGAAGCUGAAGAAACACCAAAGAGUGAAAGAAAGAAAAGAAAGAACAAAUCAGAAGUUCCAACAAUAGCUAAAGAAGAAGUCUCUGUAGUAGUGGCUUCAGCCACGAGACGCAGUAGUAGAAGAAAGUAAAGAAGCAUCAUUCUGUAGGCAUGUGAGAAAUUAAACCCUUUGUUGUGGGUAAGCAUAUCAUAUACUGAAGAUUUUGCAAGACAUGUUAAAAUAUUUGGCAGUAAAUCUCAUUUGCCAAUAGCUAACUAGGCAACUUGCCCUAGAAACUCUUGACAGUUGAAGAAAUACAACUGCAGCUCUGUUGCUCCAUUUUUACUUUG